AUGGAUAACACGUCCAAUAUUAAUACGAAUGAGCGCUCUAAGAACACUAACUUUAGCUCAGCUCCCAAUAGCAGAAGUAUGAAUAGCCAUAACCAGUUGCAAUUUGAUGGGAAUUCUCGAGUAUUUGUUUCGGAUGCAAUGGCUAAGAACUCUAAGCAAUUAUUGUACGCUCACAUAUAUAACUACUUAAUCAAAAACAAUUACUGGAACUCUGCCGCAAAAUUUUUAGGCGAAGCUGACCUUCCUUUGUCUAGAAUAAACGGAUCUCCCUCGGGUGAAACAACUAGCUUGAAUUCAAGCCUAAAGCAUGGAAUGAUGGACAUUGCAUCUAAAGGUGAUAUUGCUAGUGAGGAUGGGUUAUUACCUUCGAAAAUGCUAAUGGACGCUAAUGACACCUUUUUACUUGAAUGGUGGGAAAUUUUUCAAUCAUUGUUUAAUGGAGACCUUGAAUCUGGGUACCAUGAAGAUCAUAAUCCCCUAAGAGAGAGAAUAGUACCUAUCUUACCAGCUAAUUCCAAGUCUAAUAUACCCUCCCAUUUCUCUAAUCUCCCACCAAACGGAGUUCCGCCAACUCAAAAUAGUUUUCCAGUGACAGAGGAGAAUUUCAGGCCAAAUGGUGACGGGAAUAACUUUAAUUUAAACGAUCCAACGAACCGAAACGUCUCCGAAAGAUUUCUAUCGAGAAAUAAAGGUGGCUACGAUAAACCUAAUAGCAGUAAUUUUGCAGCUGAUACUACCAUAAACAGUGAUACCACAGGACAGCAAUACGCGACUAUGAAUUUGCACAAGCACUUCAAUGAUUUGCAAUCACCACCGCAGCCCCAGCAAUCAUCUCAACAGCAGCCCCAGCAACCCCAGCCUCAGCAGCCCCAGCAUCAACCCCAACAUCAGCCUCAACAACAAUCCCAACAACAGCAGCAACAACAACAACAACAACAACAACAACAACAACAACAACAACAACAACAACAACAACAACAACAACAGCAGCAGCAGCAGCAGCAACAACAACAACAACAACAACAACAACAACAGCAGCAGCAGCAACAACAACAACAACAACAACAACAACAACAACAACAACAACAACAGCAGCAGCAGCAGCAGCAACAACAGCAGCAACAACAGCAACAACAACAGCAGCAGCAGCAACAACAACAACAACAACAACAACAACAACAACAACAACAACAACAACAACAACAACAACAACAACAACAACAACAACAGCAGCAGCAGCAACAACAGACACCAUAUCCGAUUGUCAACCCACAAAUGGUCCCUCACAUUCCAGCGGAAAAUUCUCAUUCAAGUGGACUCAUGCCUUCGAUGCCUCCUGCAAGUCAACAAUUCAGUACACAGAACCAGCCUUCGAUGUUUCCUGACCAACAGCGAUUCUUCCAGUAUCAAUUACAUCACCAAAAUCAAGGACAAGCACCAUCUUUUCAGCAAAGCCGAUCUGGUAGGUUUGAUGACAUGAACGCUAUGAAAUUGUUUUUUCAGCAGCAAGCACUACAGCAAAAUUCAUUGCAACAGAACACUGGAAACCAAAGUUAUCAGUCUAAUACGCGCAACAAUGCUGCUGAGGAGGCUACACCCACCAGUGACAAUAAUGCAAAUUGCAAUAGUUUGUUGCAAGAACGCAUACGAGCUCAGUUCAAUAAAAUGAAGACAAUUCCUCAACAAAUGAAAGGUCAAAGCAGUGUCGUAAAUCCAGUUAUUAGUGAUUUAACUUCUCAACAGCAGUAUAUGCAUAUGAUGAUGCAAAGAAUGGCUACUAACCAACAAUUACAAAAUAGCGGCUUUCCUCCCGACGCUAACCGUGUACCUCCACCUAAUGCUACCAUGCCAUUGCAGGCGGGAAAUAUGGGGCCCCCUAUCAUUGAAAAUGCAGGUAUGAGGCAGACUAACCAAUCUGGACCAAACCCUAUGAUCAAUAUGCAGCCUUUAUAUCAGAAUGUUUCCUCAGCAAUGCAUGCGUUCGCCCCGCAACAACAAUUUCAUCUACCACAACAAUAUAAAACAAAUGCUCCAGUAUCACAGAACGAUCCUACCGUCGUCUUUCCCUUGCCUAAUAAUAAUAGUAAUACACCCACGGUGUCACAACCAUCGUCGAAACGUACUUCUAGCUCAAGCACAACUCCCAAUAUAAGCACAACUAUUCAACCUAAACGGAAACAGAGAGUAGGUAAAUCAAAGACCAAGGAAUCACGAAAAGCUACUGCUGCACAGAAAGUUAUGAAAUCUAAGAAACUUGAACAAAAUGGUGAUUCAACUGCUACAAACUUUAUCAACGUCACUCCGAAGGACAAUGGCGGCAAGGCUACUGUAAAGGCCCAAAAUAGUGACUCGCAGCAACAACCCAAUGGCUCUUUUGCUAUGGAUACAGAAACAUUCGACAUAUUUAACAUUGGGGACUUUUCUCCUGAUUUAAUGGAUAGCUAA